AUGUUAGGGUUAAAAUACGACACUUAUUAAUAUUAUUCAUACAAAGACCUGUAAUAGUUAAAGGAAAUACUAAAGUAUGAUUCUAUUGGUGAGACAAAAAUUUAUGAAGAUGAGAAAAUUAUCGAAUACAAAAUAAAUAGAUCAAAAUGUUUUCUAUUAAGUGAUUUGAUAGAAUUAAUAGUAAUUUUUAUGUUUGAUAUUUAGAAAAUUGGAUUUGUUAGAUUUCAUUUAGGAUAGCUAUUAAUUCUUUUCAUUAUGUUGUUAGAGAAAGUGAAGUAUAUGAGAAAUCAUAAUUUAAAACAUAAAUAUUUAAGUUUAGAUCGUAUAUGGUUGAUAUUCAAAAAUAAUCAAUAUCUCACUAUUUUAUAUAAAAAAGUUGAUUAUUAAAUUGCUUUUACAGGGUAUUAAAAUGAAUUUAGGGAAGAUUUAUCAAAAACAAAAUGUGAUGAUUCAAAAAAUAUUUUAUAAAUUAUUUCCAGCAUAAUCUAAUAUUUUGCAAAUAAUAAUAUUGUAUGCAAUAAAAAAUGCAGUUCAAAAAACGAUAUUUUCAAUAACAUUUAUCUGGUUAUUUACAAUUCCUGUAAAAAUUAAGAUAUAUAAUAAACAAUUGAUAUAAUAGACAAGUUACUUUUAAGUAAUUAAUUUGACCCUAAUUUUCAAACAAUUUCAUUCGAUGAUAAAAUUGUUGAUCAUUACAAGUAUUCAAAGAGAAAAUAUCAACAACUAACAAUUGAGAAAACAUUAUAACAAUUGAUUUUAAAAUAUAAUCAAAAUCCUUUAGUUUUAGAUCUAUUUUUGUUUGAAAAAAUAAAUGAAAUGAGAAUCAACUUAAAGAAUUGGAAAUGCCUAGAUUUAGAUGAGAUUUAAGAAGAAUAGAAAUAUUAAAAAGUGUUAUUAAAUUAUCAAUAAAAAAAUAAAAUAUAAGAAGAAUAGGCUUGUAGCAUACUUACCGGAUUGAUUAAUCAAUACGUAAAAAUAAAAUAUGAAAUAUAUUUUAAAUUUGAAAUGGAUCAGUCUUAUAAAUAAAACAUAAUUGACUAAAUCAUGGAAUUGAAAAUAACCAAGUACUUUGAAAAUUCUAAAGAAGUACAUAAAUGUGUUUAUGCAGAUUUUUAUAAUAAAGUACUAAUUGAUCAUGCAACACCAAUCAUAAAUGAAUGCAUAGUUGAUUAUACCGAAUCCCAAAUCCUGACACUUAUAGAUGAGUUAAUAUGA